AUGACAGUGGCCACCGGAGACCCAGCAGACGAGGCUGCUGCCCUCCCUGGGCACCCGCAGGACACCUAUGACCCAGAGGCAGACCACGAGUGCUGUGAGAGGGUGGUGAUCAACAUCUCGGGGCUGCGGUUUGAGACCCAGCUAAAGACUUUAGCCCAGUUUCCAGAGACCCUCUUAGGGGACCCCAAGAAGCGGAUGAGGUACUUUGACCCACUCCGAAAUGAGUACUUUUUCGAUCGGAACCGCCCUAGCUUUGAUGCCAUUUUGUACUACUACCAGUCUGGUGGCCGGCUGAGGAGACCUGUGAAUGUGCCCUUAGAUAUAUUCUCUGAAGAAAUUCGGUUUUAUGAGCUGGGAGAAGAAGCAAUGGAGAUGUUUCGGGAAGAUGAAGGCUACAUCAAGGAGGAAGAGCGUCCUCUGCCUGAAAAUGAGUUUCAGAGACAGGUGUGGCUUCUCUUUGAAUACCCAGAGAGCUCAGGGCCUGCGAGGAUUAUAGCGAUUGUAUCUGUCAUGGUGAUUCUGAUUUCAAUUGUCAGCUUCUGUCUGGAAACACUACCCAUCUUCCGGGAUGAGAAUGAAGACAUGCAUGGGGGUGGGGUAACCUUCCACACCUAUUCCAACAGCACCAUUGGGUACCAGCAGUCCACUUCCUUCACCGACCCUUUCUUCAUUGUAGAGACUCUCUGCAUCAUCUGGUUCUCCUUUGAAUUCUUGGUGAGAUUCUUUGCCUGUCCUAGCAAAGCCGGCUUCUUCACCAACAUUAUGAACAUCAUUGACAUUGUGGCCAUCAUCCCCUACUUCAUUACCCUGGGAACGGAGCUGGCUGAGAAGCCAGAAGAUGCUCAGCAGGGCCAGCAGGCCAUGUCGCUGGCCAUCCUGCGUGUCAUCCGGUUGGUAAGAGUCUUUAGGAUUUUCAAGUUGUCUAGACACUCCAAAGGUCUCCAGAUUCUAGGUCAGACCCUCAAAGCCAGCAUGAGAGAACUGGGCCUCUUGAUAUUCUUCCUCUUCAUUGGAGUCAUCCUUUUCUCUAGUGCUGUCUAUUUUGCAGAGGCCGAUGAGCGAGAUUCCCAGUUCCCCAGCAUCCCAGAUGCCUUCUGGUGGGCAGUCGUCUCCAUGACAACUGUAGGCUAUGGAGACAUGGUUCCAACUACCAUUGGGGGAAAGAUAGUGGGUUCCCUAUGUGCAAUUGCAGGUGUGUUAACCAUUGCCUUACCGGUCCCUGUCAUAGUGUCCAAUUUCAACUACUUCUACCACCGGGAGACAGAGGGAGAGGAGCAGGCCCAGUACUUGCAAGUGACAAGCUGUCCAAAGAUCCCAUCCUCCCCUGACCUAAAGAAAAGUAGAAGUGCCUCUACCAUUAGUAAGUCUGAUUACAUGGAGAUCCAGGAGGGGGUAAACAACAGUAACGAGGACUUUAGAGAGGAAAACUUGAAAACGGCCAACUGCACUUUGGCUAACACAAACUAUGUGAAUAUUACAAAAAUGUUAACUGAUGUCUGA